UUCCCGCUGGACGCUUGUUCCCAUUGUGGAUACGAGGAAGAAAAUACUGACACGGCCUGACAAGCUAAACAUUUCUCACAUCCUUUUUAACCACUUUUGGUAUAGGUAACUUGUAGGAGCUAUGGCCCGUACCAAGCAGACAGCCCGUAAAUCUACUGGAGGCAAAGCCCCACGUAAGCAGCUGGCCACCAAAGCUGCCCGCAAGAGCGCCCCUUCUACUGGUGGGGUCAAGAAGCCCCAUCGCUACAGGCCUGGUACUGUGGCCCUGCGUGAGAUCCGUCGUUACCAGAAGUCCACUGAGCUGCUGAUCCGCAAGCUGCCCUUCCAGCGCCUGGUGAGAGAAAUCGCUCAGGACUUCAAGACUGACCUGCGUUUCCAGAGUGCAGCCAUUGGAGCCCUGCAGGAGGCCAGCGAGGCAUACCUUGUUGGUCUGUUUGAGGACACCAACCUGUGCGCCAUCCACGCCAAGCGUGUCACCAUCAUGCCCAAAGACAUCCAGCUGGCCCGUCGUAUCCGUGGGGAGCGUGCUUAGAUGCCUCCCUGAUUUACCUCUCCUCCCCUCACCAGUCUGUCUUCCCCUUCCCUGCCCUGCCCUCUCCUCUUAUGUUGGUAGUGAUUAGAGAAACAAUGAUUAUGAUAAGAAUAACGUGUAUAGUGGUGUUUUCUUAGUACUCUCGGCAGCAGAUAGGGUACUGUCUAUUGUGCAUGUACCUGCUUGUUGCUGGUCAGAUCCCCCACCACCACCACACCAUCAAAUCAGACGUUCCAUUGUCAUGAUGCCAUGUGGAGAGAUCAGACAAAACAUAGAAGACAGGGAAUCUGAGAUAGGUGGUGGUCACAGGAGGAUGGGAAUAGGUUUUUGUCUGCAGAGGGGAGUAACUCUUUCUCUGCAGGGUGCUAGAACAACUACCCUAGUCCCCUUCCAGUGAAAUAAAAACUGAGCUGGUGUCUUUCAUGGCAACGCAUGAAUGAGAGUCCAGCCCCCCUUUGUGUGUGAGCGUGUAGAUUCUGAUCAGCACAGCAAAUUGUAUACGAUUCAAAAACAUCUCUGGAGCAAUCGUUUAUUCUUACAAUAUUGAUCAUUACUAUCAUGGUUAUUUACAUUUACCAGACGCUCUUAUCCAGAGCAACUUACAGUAGUGAGUGCAUACAUUUCCGUACUUUCUUGUACUGGUCCCCCGUGGGAAUUGAACCCACAUCCCUAGCAUUGCAAGCGCCACGCUCUACCAACUGAGCCACACAGGACCUGUUGUCAAGUGAUGUUAAACAAAUACAAUAAUUAUGCUUACGCACAUUUUUCACAGUGGAAAUACUAUUUCUGAAUGAAAUGGAGAUGGGUGGGAUUCUAAUACAAUUUUGUACAGAGAACAAAAUCGACGUAAGCUAUCUUUUCUACAGGUGUUGAAGCUUGUGAUUUAUUUUGGCUGUCAAAGGGGAUCCUUGAUUGUUCACUCUCAUUUCAUUGCGGUCUUACCUGAUUGACACUAUUUUCCCUUUGUCUUUGAAUUCUCAAAUUUGGCUUCAGUGAUAAAUAAUUGGAGACAGCAUUUUAAGGCUUUUGAAAACAAAUAGUGAAUUCAGUGAUAUUCUUUGUGAUCACUCCUUCUGAGGGGCCUUGUUGUGAGGUUUAUGGAGCUUGGUGGUCAAUGCUCUCUUGCAAACCAAAAAUGGUCUGAUUGGUAAAGUGAUCAUGUUAAUGUAAUGUGAGCUAUAAAUGGGAUGGUCAGGGAUAUUUAGACCUCCCCCUUCACUUCGCUCCAGAUCUUACAUCUGUGUAACGUUUCUCAGGUUGAUGUGUCACCUUUUUAACUUGAAUCAUUUUUAUUUCUUAAUUUGAAAUGUUAAGAUGUUGAAAUAAAACAAUGUUUGUAAUUUCCAGAUUUCUCAUAUAAGGUGGUAAUAAAUGGAUGUUACACACA